GUUCAAUAAUCUCUCUGUUCAAUUUCGGUUUUUCUUGCUCCUCAUCAACAAUCUUUCCAUUUAUAAGCACGCAUGCCCGCAAAUAUCAGACCUCUUCACACAGAAAAUACUUCCUGUCGAAAGUCUCAGGAGUCUCUCAAGACGCGCUCUCUUUGCAGCUGUAAUUGCCUUCUGCUCCUUUUCAGACUCGAUAAGCUAUAUGUUCUGCGGGUGAAUGAUACUAGGGCUGAUCAAAUCCGGAACAAAAAGAUGAAGAAAAGUGCGAGCAACAGUCAGUCGUCAGCAAAAGUCGAGCGCAAGACCGUGGAGAAAAACCGAAGAAUCCGCAUGAAAGUUCUCUGCUCCAAGCUUGCUUCCCUCGUUCCUCAACACCCUAUCACCACUUCUAAGGAAUUGCUGUCGCAGCAAGAUCUGCUGGAUCAAGCAGCGACACACAUAAAGCAGUUGAAAGAAAAGAUUGAAGGGUUGAAACUGAGGAAGGAACAAGCGCUAUUGCAGUCCAAAGGGAUUGGCACAAGCAGCUAUUUGACUUCACCGGAUGAUCAGGGGGCUCAACUAGGGUUCGUGCUUCCGGUGUUCGAACUGAGAAACCACGGUUUAGGUCUAGAAGUGAUCUUGAUCAGUGGGAGGAGGAAGAACUUCAUGUUGUAUGAAGUGAUCAACAUUCUUGAGGAAGAAGGAGCUGAGGUUCUCAGUGCCAGCUCUUCGGUUAUUGGUGAUAAGAUCUUCCACACACUCCAUGCUCAGGUGGGACUAUGUAGAGUUGGAGUAGAGACCACUAGGGUGAGGGAAAGAUUAAAAGAAUUGAUCCGCUGAUUCUCUCUAGAGAUCGAUCUUCUAAUGUUGCAACAACAAACAAUACGAGAAAUGACACAAACUUUGGCCUGAAAAAUGGUAAUCAACUGAUGCAGAUUGGAGACAGAACGAAAUGCAGAGUCGGCGUAUGUUUCAUGUUGUCGCAAAACUGAAGUAGCCACGACUAGCAAGCUACAUAGUCAUUAGUAGCAAAUGUUGAAGCUAUAAUCUUAAUAAUAAAAAAGCCAACCAAGAGUGAUAUGUGUAAACGGC